AUGAGUGAAUCCGGGGGACAGCGUGCCCGGCUCCGGCGCUAUCCUGAGCUCCCGGUGUGGGUGGUGGAGGAUCAUCAGGAGGUUCUGCCCUAUAUAUAUCGGGCCAUUGGCUCAAAACAUCUUCCUGCAAGUAAUAUAAGUUUUGUGCAUUUUGAUUCACAUCCAGACCUCCUUAUUCCUGUGGAUAUGCCAGCUGACACUGUAUUUGAUAAGGAAACACUUUUCGGAGAAUUAAGUAUUGAGAAUUGGAUUAUGCCUGCAGUUUAUGCUGGCCAUUUUUCUCAUGUAGUAUGGCUUCAUCCCACAUGGGCUCAGCAAAUCAGAGAGGGCAGGCAUCAUUUUUUAGUAGGCAAAGACACUUCUACCACAACAAUCAGGGUUACAAGUACAGAUCAUUACUUCCUAAGUGACGGUCUUUAUGUAACUGAAGACCUGCUGGAGAACCCAAAACCUUUACAACUGGAUGUAAUUAUGGUAAAACCUUAUAAACUCUGUCACAGUCAAGGAGAAAAUGAUGUAGUGUCUUCUGCCAAGAAGCCAAAGCUAGCCCUGGAGGACUCAGAGAACACUGCUUCUACUAAUGGUGACUCUUGUUCAGAAGGACUGGAAAAGGACACAGUGACACAGAGAAGGGACCACACUUGUCUACAACCAUCAUGUUCAUGUUCUUCUGAAAGCCAAGAAUGCCAUACUGCAGUUAGCACUGGAGAGAUUCUGGAAAUUUUGGAGAAAAGGGAUGCAUUUGUUUUAGAUAUUGACUUAGAUUUUUUUUCAGUCAAGAAUCCCUUCAAAGAAAUGUUCACUCAGGAGGAGUACAAAAUCUUACAAGAGCUGUACCAAUUUAAAAAGCCUGGAAGCAACCUGACAGAGGAAGAUUUGGUAGAUUGUGUUGAUAAUCGAAUUCAUCAAUUAGAAGAUUUAGAAGCUGCUUUUGCUGAUUUGUGUGAUGGUGAUGAUGAAGAAACUGUACAGAAAUGGGCUUCAAACCCUGGAAUGGAAUUACUAGUUCCACUGGUACAGAGUUUGAAAAAACGGAUGGAAGCACCGGACUAUGAAAUGGUUCACCAGGCUGGUCUAACCUGUGAUUAUUCAGAACUCCCUCACCAUAUCAGCACAGAACAAGAAAUUGAACAUCUUAUUCAGUCUUUGCAUAAUGUUCUAAAAAAUUUUCCAAAACCUACUCUAGUGACAAUUGCAAGGUCAAGUCUGGAUGAUUACUGUCCUUCUGAGCAAGUUGAAACCAUUCAAGAAAAAGUCCUCAGUGUACUACGCUCCCUCUAUGGGACUCUAGACAUUCACCUGGUGUAUUCAGCAGAGUCCACUGCAUCUUGA